CUGAGAUGCGGAUGCGGGGUAUUCUCCGUCGGAUUGCAAAUCUUAUCAACAUUGUAAGAUGGUAAAGAAAGGAUUGUUGGCUGAUGAUCUUCAUGAAGCUAACAUCUCCUGCAUCACGCUACUUCAGCAUCAAGCCAGAGAAAUCUUUCGAGCCAUGACUACACCGGGCCGCACACAUCUCCCUUGGGAAACACAGACAGGGCAAGUCCAAGAGCUCUUGAAUUACAUCAGCUUUCUGGAAGCCAAACUUCAAUACCUUCAAUUCCACCAUGAGACAUGUGACAAGGGGAGUACACAAUUACCACUAUCUUUCAACGAUCUUUCGUACAUUCCUCCAGAUCUCGUCGACGCCAACGAUUCUGACUUCUAUCCUUCAAUCGCUUUGGAGUAUCAGGAACCACUAGUUAGCACCAAUGAUUCGCAAAUUGUGCAACCGACACCAAAGGUACCUCCUAGUAAUGCCAGAUGGAGACGUAUUAUAGACCAAAUGACCAAAGGAUGGGAUCAACCGAGUAGUUGGAUGGACAGACGGAUCGCGAUCGGUCUUGAUACCGUGGAGGAGAAUCAUUAUGCUCUAACCAUGCUUCUUGGUCUCAAGAAUGAGCUCUCUGGAGGUCACGGAGCCGGAUCCGGGACAGAAAUAUUGGACUUUCCCAUGAAUAACAAAGGGGUUUCUGAAACUUUGAUUAUGUCCGCACGGCGUUAUGCGUUGGGAACAAAGGCGUCGGAACGGGAUGCUGGCUUUGUGGUGCAGCUGCAUAACUUCAGGGAAUUGGUAUUCGCUUCCCUCUGCGUUGUUAUCGAACAUCAAGGCCUACCCACAGAUGCUAUCAAUGACCUGAUGCGGAUAUGUAUGUCUAGCUCUGGCGCGGCGAAUUUAUACCGCUUGAGGAGGGGUGCUCUCUGGGUCAAUCGAGUCAUCGCAGGGUUGAUCAGGAAAGGCUGGCGUCACUGCGCUACUGAAUUCUUCCUACUCUCAGGAAGGCCUGUUUCCCAAUAUGGCCUAUUGUGGGAGGGAUGUGUUCAUUCGUUCCCAUACCUUAGCGAAAGACUGGCGUAUAUCUACGAGACCGUCGAGCAGCCCUUGCCUGAACCUGGUUGGAUACCAUUCUCGAUUCCUUCGAUCAUCAAAGGCUUAGUCGGUGAUGCGUUGACGCUUGGUCAGAUAUGCACAGCACUGGAUUAUGAAGAAGAAUCACUCUCGAAGCUCUUUCUGGAUGUCAAUCAAAUUUCUGCAGUUACUUAGCUAAUUCUAGCGAGCUAGAGAGUGAGAUUUGUUUCCAUUCUGCAGCUUCGAUCCUAGAAGGCAAAGAAUCUUUUCUGAUAUCGGGAUUCCCAGUAGCGAUGUCCAGGGUUUACAGAUUCCCAAAAUUUCCUUCCCGUAGCUACCCCUAUGAAGGCUUCGAAAUCAUAAAAUUCUUUAGCCUUCGUCUAAAAGCUUUCUGACUAAAGUCUCUAUCUCAAAUCAUUUCCAAAGCUUCUCUCAAUGCUGCUCUCGCCGACUCUCGGGCAUCAUGGACAAUAUCCUCUGCUGACUGAAUCUCGUGAAUGAGGCCAAUCCCAGUACCUGCGUAAGUUGUCAAUCUUCCAUCUCGGCCCCAGCCUUUGUCGCCUUGCUGCAUAGCCUCUUUGAAUUUCGCUUGAUUUUCUUCAAAAGGAACCCCGGCAUCAGAAUCCUUCGUGCUGCCGUUGAUAAUACUGCGGCCAUCAAAUUGAGGUGGCCAAUUGUUUCUUCCAGCCAAGGCAUCAAAGAGAGAUGUUCUGACCGUCGAUUGUCCUCCAUCUGUGGCUCGCAAAAUCUCGUUCUGGUACCCAGCAGCAAUAUUUGCCUCCUUUGAGGCUAGAAAUCUAGUACCCAUCACAGCACCAACAGCACCUAACCCAAGCGCCCCAGCUACGCCUCUCCUAUCUGAAAUGCCACCAGCAGCAACAAUCGGAAUGUCCAAGUCUGCUACUUUCAUCGCAUCCUUGACUUCCGGAACCAAAGAGACAAUUCCAGCUCCUUUGGCAAGACCAUGGCCGCCAGCAUCAAUACCUUGAAGAACGAGAACGUCCGGAGGACUCGACAACUUUGCUGCCUCGGUGGCAUCGCGAACCGAUCCAACUUGCAGCCAAAUCCGAGUUUGUGGAGAAACUUUGCGAAUCUCUUUCAUCCAUACCGAGAGGUCAUCCGUCCCAUCCCUCGGCACGAACAGCCAUGCUGCAGCUGGUCGAUGCUUCGCGAUUGAAGGCAGCGCAACCUCCAGAUUCGCAUCGAAAAUCUGGAAACCGACCCCUAUUGGCAGCCUAUCCUCCAAGUCCGCAGAGGAAAUGUAUAGUCGUGAUUUCUGCGACUGAAGUCGUUUCUCUAGUAAUUCCCGAGCUUUUUGUAGAGCUGGCUCAAGAUCUUCGGGUGAUUUUCCUGGACCGAUGAAGCCGAUUCCGCCAGCCGAGGAUACCGCUGUUGCGAGCUCAGGGCCACUGAAAACUCGCAUUGGAGCACCGAUUAUGAGGGGUGUCGAGAUCCAUCGGUAUGUGGACUUUAAUAACUUGAUUGAAGAUGCCAUUGUGAGAUAUUUGGAAAAAUUGGAAAGAGUCUGGAGAAAUUCGGAUCCGUUUUAUGACUCAGUUAGCCGCGGAGUUGUUGAUUGGGGCUUGCCACUUGGAACCAAAGUGUGGGGUAAUAGUCAGCAGCGAGGUUUAGCUCUGCUAGGAAUGAAUCUGACAGACACAUAGAAAGGAGACUUGUAUGGUUUGACUAAGAUGAUGUAAGAUGUGCCUGAAUGACUAAACCAUGU